UAGGUAGAAUCUGGGAACUGGACGUGAUCCCAUCCGACUGGUCUCAAUCACUGAUUGUCCCAAUCUAUAAGAAAGGACAGAAGUCUUCUUGUGACAAUCACAGGGGAAUAAGUCUAACUAAUAUAGUUUCUAAAUUGUUAGCCUCGAUUAUACUUAGACGUCUAACUAGAGCUCGUGAAGAGCAGAUUAGAGAAAACCAGUCUGGUUUUCGACCUGGACGUGGUUGUAUAGACCACAUCUUCACACUACGACAGGUCCUGGAACACAGACACACAUUUAAGCGUCCUACAAUAGUUGUUUUCCUGGACCUAAAGGCGGCAUUUGACUCAGUGGAUCGUGAGGUUCUGUGGCAGUGUCUGUCAUUGAAAGGUGUACCAAAGAAGUACAUUAACCUUAUACAAG